AUGAGACGAUCAAAAAACAUUUUAAAAUAUGUAUUCGCGCUGAUCGGAUUCAACCGACUUUGGGAUUCCACCUGCCAUCACAAAGUCACAGAUGACAGGCUUAACGUUGUAGUUAAGUUUAUUAUUGUACAAAACAGAUACUAUGUUUUAUUGAACAUUGCUUCAAGUAUUGGUUCCGCCUUGCGGCGAGAUCCGUACUCAGAAGUGAGAGGAAUUAGAAGGUAUUACGCUAACAGUGAUUGUAAACCUUCAACUUAUGUAAAUGGCGAGUUGCCAGAAAAUUUUGUAUCUCUGAAAUUGUCGAUACAAGGGAAAGCCUCACACUGA